AUGACGUCGGAAAUCGGAGGCUCUAGUCUCGACAAGCCUGAGCUCCCAUCUUUUGAUAUCGAGAUGCUUACAACAGGUGACGAGAACAGCGGCUUUCACACCAAAAAUGAUCCUUCCGAUCCAUGGCAAAGGAAGAACAUUAUCAAUCGAAAAGGGGCCAUUGAUAUCAAAUGCACAUGUGUUGACAUUGUGCAUGGGAAUUUCGAGCAGAAUAACAAUACUUAUGGUACCCUUCUCGUUCUUCUCUUACGAAUUGACCCUCGAAAACGUUCACGUCGAGUAGCUAGCGCCAAUAUCUCACUUAAGUUCACAGGCAUGAAGCCAGGUGGAGCUCGACCAGAGAUUGUGGCUAUAUCAUUAGAUGGACGAUUUGAAAUGGUAGAAACGACUCACAAUGAGGAAACCAGUAAAGGAAACAAGAUAAACGCAGGAGGAGGCGCUUUGAGUUUAGAAGCAAAUGCGGAAUUUAUGUGGGAGAAGAAAACAAGUGCUGAUAUAACUGAUUCCACGACUAUUGUUGGCUCUAUCGAUCUGAUAGGAUUUGAUUAUGGGCCCGAUAACUGUGCUUCUUGGAGCUUGAUAGAGAAUGGCACUCGUAAGACUGGUGUACCAUCUUCCAUGCAAGUCGGGAUCUUGCUGAAGCGGAAGCAUAAUGAUCCUUUCAAGUGCAUCGUGGAAAUCAAGGCCGAGGUGGACUUUAUGAGUGGGCUAGAAAGGGUCUUCGGCGCAAAGGCAAAGGACGAUCCUGUAUUCUUUGAUCCAAAAUUGAAGUCUACAAACACAUUGAUGGAUUACGAGAGGGCGAUAGAGAGACUUUGCGAUUUCGACCUAGAUCUAGUCACCGACGUCACAUUUGUGACUCAAUUGAAACAGGAAGGUGUAGUCAAACAGAGGUGA